AAAUUAUAUUAUAUCUUGAAUCGUGUCGUGUUAUAAACUACAUCCACACCGCACACGAUUGUAACUACAUAAUAUUACAAGUUACCAUUUAUUACUGUUCAAUUGUUGUCGUUAGAUUGAUAUAUUUUACUUAAAUUAAUAUUUAUAAUUUAAUAUUAAUUAACAACUAUGGCCGAAGCUAUGAGACAAACCGUGGCAUCGUUGUUGCAAGGAAUUGAGAGAUACAAUCCUCAGCAUUUAUCUACACUCGAACACUACGUCGAAGUACAGUCUCAAGAAAAUGCAUACGAUCUGGAGGCUAAUUUGGCUGUGCUUAAAAUUUAUCAGUUUAAUCAUGAUUACAACUUGGACAUAACUGUUCAAAUCAUGUUGAAAGCGAUUACUAAUUUCCCGCAUUCUGAUUUUGUCCUGUGCAAGUGUUUGUUAAACGAAAAAUUGUGUCAAGAAGCUCCAUUAAGUCAAGUGCUGUUUUUAGCAGAUCUACUAGAAAAUUGCAAUUUUAAAGAAUUUUGGUAUCACGUUCAUUCUAUGCCUGAAUUAUAUGCCAAAGUGACUGGAUUUUUGGAUUCCGUACGAAAGUUUGUCUGCCACGUAAUUGGAAUUACAUUUCAAUCUGUUGAAAAACACUUCCUCAUGGAGUUGCUCGGAGGUCUUGAUGAUGCUGCGCUGAAGCAUUGGAUUCAGAAAUACAAUUGGAAAGAACUUGACAACAAGUACGUGUUUAUUGCAAACCAAGACGAAAAUAUCAAAACAAAAAAUAUUACAGAAAAAAUUGAUUACGAAAACAUUUUAGGAGUUAUGGCAAGUUGCCGUUAAUCUUUUUACAAUUUGAUUGAAAGGAAAAAAAAAUAAACUUUAAUCUGAUUUAUUAUAUACUUUAUUUUUUGUGUAGUAUAUAAUAAUAAAUAAUUCAACGAUACUUUUGUAAAAUUAAU